AAAAAAUAUAUUUUAUUUUAUCUCAAGGAUCUCUUCGGUCUUCAUCGUCGCUCAUCUUACAUAUUCGUCAUAGCAAGAGCUGAAAAUCUUCCUCAAGCAGAAGAAUAAGAAGCAGCAUAUAGAAUUUGAAGAAGCAAAAGAGGAAGAGAGAUGAAAAAGUUUGAUCCAUGGCCCAUUUUCUUUAGAAGAGAAUGGAGUCGUAACUGGCCAUUCCUGGUCGGCUUUGCCAUCACUGGAACCCUAAUUACAAAGUUUACUAGCAGCCUCACUGAGGAAGAUGCCAAGAACUCACCCUUCGUGCAAAGGCACAACAGGUGAUUUCUGCCAAGUCAUGGGGGGUGUAUGGCUUGCUUUUUAAUAAUACAAGAUAAGUUGUGUAUAUACAAUUAAUUCCUACUUAUAUACAUUCUUAUUCUCGAAUAAUGUUCGACAUCUCUGUUGAUUGGCUGUUUUCUUGCCUGGUUGAACCCUUAUUGGGAAUUACAAAGGAAUAUUAAUUUUGGCAAGAGCUUAUGCUAUGAAUAUACAGUAUGUUUAUUGUGGUUAAAGCAUAACUUUUAUGAA